GUCUCCCGUAUACGAUUAGUGCGUGGUACUGGGAAUGGUAUAUUUCUUCACUUUUAUCUUCACCUUUUUUUAGAAUAUCUUUAGAUAAUUCUCAUAUGCAAGCGUAAUGUCUGUGAGGUUUGAUUGAAGAGUCUGAAGGCACAAUAUUUAUUGAGGAAUUCAUGGCGAACAGCCGAAAUUAUACAAUUUACACCUAUAAAUAUAUGAUUUCGUGUAGCUUUUGAGUGGCAAAUAGAGUGGUCUGCUGGGUUUACAGUGAGCUGCCAACGAUUUCUUGUUUUGGUUUGGUUCUGUCCAGAAAUUCGAGAUGAGUGAGAAGAACUCAGCUCUGGCUUCCCUGACAGCAAAUUACACAGAUUCUGAGAAUGAAGAGCAUGCGGAGGACUUUUCGCCAGAGUCGAAAGGCUCCCAAGAGUCAGAGACACCAGUUGGGGCUCUCAAAUCAGCCGGAGGGACUCCAAUGCCAGUCAGCAGAGAAGUUUCAGCUACACCUCCCCUGGCGGUGACACAAACAAGACCUCCACCGCCAAAAAAAGCCCUCCGCUUGGUCAGCUACAACGACAAUGACGAGAUGCCGAUCUCUGACGAGGAGAAUGUGUCGCCCAACUCAGAAAUUAGUGCCAUGGACAUUUCAGAGGAGGAGGAUCAGGUGGAAAAGGAAAAAGAGCCUCCAGACACCAAGGACCGUUUCGCGGAGUAUGGAUUUCAAUUGCCACCAGAGCCAAAGGGGAAAUGCGCUCCGGAAUUGCAGGAGAAGAUCAACAAUCUGUAUGAGAAGAUGAAGAACAGCAACAUGGACAUGAACAAGGUGAUUCAGGAGAGGAAAGAGUUCCGCAAUCCCAGCAUCUAUGAGAAGCUCAUUCAGUUUUGCGACAUCAAUGAGCUGGGAACAAAUUACCCGCCGGAAAUCUAUGAUCCUCUUCAGUGGGGAAAGGAGAGCUUCUACGAGGACCUGGCCAAAGCACAGAAGGCGGAGAUGGACAAGCGGGAAAAAGAGAAGAAGGACAACGCCAAGAUGGAGCAGGUCGCAGUGGCGGCGCGAAAAGCUGAAGAAGAGGCGAAGAAAAGGAAAUCCAAGUGGGACCAACCUGGCCCCUCAGCCAAUUCAGCACCUCUCAAGCCCGCUGGACUCGUGCAGCCGUCAUCUUUGACGACCAGCAUCACUGGCACGAAAGGAACUGUGAUUUCCGCCUUCGGCUCACUGCCCAAGAAGCCCAAAGUGUGAGAAGGUAAAUCGCCGACUUUUUCAAAAAUCGUUUAUUAAUAAAAAAAAAUCUCUCAACUUACAAAACAUCUACAGUGGAAUUUGAGUUAAACAAUAAAAGACAUCUCAUAAAAUUAGCAACAAAUCUCUUAAUGAUAAGCAUUGACUUAAGCUACCUUUGCCACCCACACCUGAUUUUACACUAUUCUGAGAUUGCUUCCCGACAAAAUAGAAAGAUUAACAUCAUUUUUGCGUGUUGGCAGUGAAAAACGAUUUAAUAUUCCUAUUUAAGUAAUUGAUAAAAUAGUGGUUGGAUUCUGUGCACCUGUCUUAGAGAAUUUAAUUCCUACUUAUGCAGGUACUUAUGAAGCUAUGCGACUCGAUAGAUCCCUACAAUUGCCUAUAAAACAACUACAGCUAUGAAUUGCCUAAUUCUACGGAAUGUUAUUGAUAUUAAGAUGAAUUUUAUUCCCUUUUUGGAUUUAUAGCUGCAUCUGGAGCUAUACAUUAACACUAAAUAUUGGAGGACAAUCAUAAAAAGUCAGUAGAAAAAAAAAACACAAAGCAUAUUUAAACAAUAUUGGCUAAAUAAUUUAUAUGAACUAAGAUUAAGAUUGCCGAAGUAUG